UAUGCUGUGAGCUCCUCUCUUACGCACACUGUCCCCUCGGUAUCACUAUCUUCAAGUUCCCAAAACCCAAUGUCUACCGUUUUCCCACAUACAGCUACAACCCACCUUCCUUAUUCACCUUUUCACCAAUUCAAGACACGCCCACUUUGUUUCUUGCCACCACAACCUCCUCCUACUCUUUGGUCUCACCCACUUUGUUUGGAUUCAUUGAGGAUUAGAGAUUGUCCGAGAAUUUUGUUGCAUAGGAAUGGACUUCUUGCUCGGGCUGAGGAUAAAGCCAGAGGUGGCUCUUCUUCUACUUCGUCGACUCAACAACAACCCAGCUCAGAUAAGCAAUUUCAGGAUUUGAGUCCGUCCGGAACAUGUGAUCCUUUAUGUUCUGUUGAUGACGCGAGCUCAGAAGAUUUUGAAUUAAAUAACCAACCCAAGACAGAUUUGCUGAAAGCGCUCGCAAUUUUUGCAGCAGCUGGAACUGGGGCACUGGCCAUAAAUCAUUCUUGGGUUGCAGCAAAUCAGGAUGUUGCCAUGGCAAUUUUAUUUGGAAUAGGAUAUGCUGGCAUAAUAUUUGAAGAGUCGCUGGCAUUCAACAAAAGUGGUGUAGGACUCCUAAUGGCUGUUAGUUUGUGGGUUAUACGGAGCAUUGGGAAUGUUGCUAAGAUAUCUUGCUUUUCGGUUGUGCUGUCCAUUGUCCUUGUGCAGGCCCCUUCAACUGAGGUAGCUGUUUCAGAGUUGUCACAUGCAUCCGCUGAAGUAAGUGAAAUUGUAUUUUUCUUGCUUGGUGCUAUGACCAUUGUGGAAAUAGUUGAUGCUCAUCAAGGAUUCAAGCUGGUCACAGAUAACAUCACUACUCGCAAGCCGAGAAGUCUGCUUUGGGUGGUAGGUUUUGUGACAUUUCUCCUCAGUUCAGUCCUUGACAACCUGACUUCUACCAUUGUGAUGGUCUCCUUAUUGAGAAAAUUGGUACCGCCUUCUGAAUACCGCAAGCUUCUGGGAGCUGUUGUGGUCAUAGCAGCAAAUGCUGGUGGAGCAUGGACUCCUAUUGGUGAUGUUACAACUACUAUGCUUUGGAUACAUGGUCAAAUAUCCACAUUGCAGACAAUGAAGGACUUACUGAUACCAUCAGCUGUUUCUCUCGCUGUCCCUUUGGCUUUAAUGUCCCUUACAAGUGAAGUAAAUGGGAAAGGGCAGAAUACUGCAAAUGUUUUGGCAUCUGAACAAAUGGCUCCUCGAGGCAAGCUUGUUUUUGCUGUAGGAAUUGGGGCUUUGGUAUUUGUCCCAGUUUUCAAGGCUUUAACCGGCUUACCUCCUUACAUGGGUAUUCUGCUUGGGCUGGGAGUUUUGUGGAUCCUGACUGAUGCCAUUCACUACGGCGAAUCUGAAAGACAGCGGUUGAAAGUACCACAGGCUUUAUCACGCAUUGAUACUCAAGGAGCUCUUUUCUUCCUCGGAAUCCUUCUCUCUGUCAGCAGCCUGGAGGCAGCUGGUAUCCUGAGGGAAUUAGCUAAUUACCUUGAUGCCCAUAUUCCCAACGUCGAACUGAUUGCUAGUUCAAUAGGGGUCGUGUCGGCUAUUAUAGACAAUGUCCCACUGGUUGCAGCAACAAUGGGAAUGUAUGAUCUCUCUUCGUUUCCUCAAGAUUCUGAGUUCUGGCAAUUGGUAGCGUAUUGUGCUGGUACAGGUGGAUCCAUGUUGGUUAUUGGCUCUGCUGCUGGAGUUGCAUAUAUGGGAAUGGAAAAGGUCGACUUUUUUUGGUACUUCCGGAAGGUAAGUGGUUUUGCUUUUGCUGGUUAUGCAGCAGGGGUUGCUGCAUACCUUGCAGUUCAUAAUCUCAAUGUUUCCCUCCCGACAACUCUAGCUCACGUUCCGUUUCUGGCGGGCUCGUAAAUCAUCCUGGUUAUAGUCGGGUGCUCUCAGCAAAUGCAGCGAGUGUCAAGUCGAUUUGUGCGAAAUUUGAUUUAUGGUGGACUACCUUCCCCAGGAAAUAUGUAAUUUUGCUCACUAGUCACUAAAAGUCCUUCAAGUCCAGGCAAAAACAAGAAGAAUAUUGAAUUAGUUUUUACUUUAAUUGAUAAUUAGACUAGUACAUGUACUUUCUGAAGAAAUAACUAGAAUCUUGAAUAUUGAAGUAUAAUAUUUUGUAGACAAGGCUUUCAUGCCCAACAGAUUUUCAACUUUGUACUUCAAAUAAAUGUAUGUAUGGAUUCCAGUUAGUGCUGAAUUGAUCGUAUUCA